AUGGCCCCGCGCAAGCCCGAGAUGGAUCGGCGCUGGGGCUUCUUGCGGCCGUGGUGCCGCGCCCUCAAGGACCUCAUCACGUACAAGCGCGUGGACCGCGAGUGGGAGUUCUGGUCGGAUGAAAAGUAUUUCCUGGAGGUGAAGCUGCCCAUGCGCUGCGGCAUGACGGAGGACGAGAACGGCGACGAGUACGAGUACGGCCUGGACGAGUGGUCGGGCGAGAUGGAGUUUAGAGCAAAGUUCAAAAAAGUCCGUGAGGCGCUCGCCCUAUUGGCGGCAGUGGCCCACGUGGACCAAGCAGCCUGGAAGUAUCUGCUCUCUAAUUAUUUUGGGGUAAAGUUAGGGGGUAGUAAAUGGGACGCCAGGUGGGCGAGGGAUAUCCCCGCCGAGUACUACCUGAUUCUGGACCAGGACCAGGACUGGAGGACUUGCUUUGAAGAUCAUGUUGGCUUCGACCUGGUCCUGUUCUGUGGCGUCGACCACCGUACAACCCCCACGAAGGAAUACGUUAACGCGCUGGCUAAGAUUGCAGCGCUGGACACGAAUUUAAAGGUUGAUGAUAUUCCUGGCGUCGACGUGGUGAUUCCGGUGCGGUGUUUCUAUCCGUGUCAUGGAAUUUCCUCGGACGGAGGGCCCAAGAUUAUGAAGAAUGUGCUGGUCAGUGAACAGACAAUCCAGGAGCUGUGGCAACGUCUGGAGAAGCAGGAUGUGCCUUGUGGAGAGAUGCGAUGCACGUUUGUACUCAAGCCCAUGAUCGCCGACUUGGAGGAAAUGACGCAGUGGCCGAAGAUAGCGAAGAGGCGUAUUGGUGAUGACAGCGAGGCGACGGAAGUCUUCGGCAAGGUGAUGGCGAAUUUGUUUAACAGCACGCGCCGCCCUCGUGAGAUUAAUUACUGCUCGGAACCUGCGGUGGAUACUGGGGCUUCCACUAAUCUGCAGAUUGAUACUGUGGUGAUGAAGGGCCACCCCGAGUUGGAAACUGCGGAUGUUCAAGCCAUGGGCUCGGCAAUGGUCGUGAAUCAGACGACUAAAAAUCUGGCUCUGUUAUUAGCCUUCCCCGGUCUCGACCGAGUGUCAACGGAGGAGUGGUGGGAGUGGAUCGCUUACAGUUUCUUCUCUAAACGCGCGCGUGCGUGUUCCGCGUUGGAAUCCCUCGCGCUUGCUCGGAUUAAAACCCUUUGUGAAGAGGACAUCGAGUCGUUUGCUGCCAUUUUGGAUUCUGAUCACCCCGAAGAGGUGCUGUUCGGGUUGCCUCGUGGCCAGGUGGACGAUGGCGAUGCCACACUGAAGGCUAGCUUGGACGCUAGCCAUCUGUGGGAGAGGAAGAUUGCGGUGGAGAGCACGACAUUGAUUGGUCCAGCAUAG